CAUGCCUACUUACUACUACUACUACUACUAUACUUCUCUACUACUUCUCUCUACUACUAUUUAAAGAAAAUCAUACAUGACACUGGCAUUUCAUUGGCAGAAUGUUUUGUGCUCAACCAGCGUUGAAACACGCUUUAACAAAAGAAAAAAAAAGUAUAUGCAAAUCAUUUAUUUGUGACAUUUGUGUAUGAUUUUUAGUUUAAAUACACACAAUGGACAGCCUCAAACACGAAGACUUGUUAAUUAAACUUCGCGCCAAACUAAAUGAAGAAAAAAUUAAAUUAUGGGAGUCGCCGUACAUUUCGGAUAGUGACGAAAUUUCAGAUACCUUGAAGGAACUUGCAAAUAAAUAUGCUACAGUAUUAAAUAUCGACAAUGAUAGUGUUCUUCAAGGCUUACAUGAAUUGCAAAUACAUUCUCUUGAAAGAUCAAAAGCUAAUGAAGAAUUCAAGGAGACGGGAUGUGCUACAUUCAGAGUAAAGGUCACAAUGCCUGGACAGAAGCCCAAAAUUUUAAAAAUAUUAAAGAAGUUAACAGUACAGGGAGAAGAACUCAUAAAUUCGAUUGCGGAGUUGCUUGAAGUUGGUAAAAAUAGGAUAAAGCUGAUUUACAAUGGAAAAUUGAUAAGCCAUAGUUCCAGUUUAGAAGCCCAGGGAGUCAAAAAUGGAGCCCAGCUCAUGGCUUUGAUUAUGGCUGAAACACCAGAGCAAGUGCAAAAAGAGGAUAAAAUUUACAAAGAAAUGAAAUCGACAUUAGACGAUGCAACAUUACUGUCGGAGUAUGUUGAUGAUCUUGCAGAUGAUGAAGAGUACAUGAAGUUAGAAGACCAAUCAGGGCAAGCAGUGGAACUCCCUCCGGCAGAACGAAGAGCUCUUCUCAUAGGACUAGCGCUGCAUGAACGCGGACGUGCAGCUGCUCAGAACCGUGACUACUCUCUAGCUUUGGUGUUACUGCUUGAAGCUGAUAGACAAUUGAACGAAUGUAGAUCAUCAUUACUAAGCACAGUGGAUAACUGUGCAGUCUUGCAACUGGAUAUAGCCUGGUGUUACCUCUGCUUGCAGAGUCUGUCUUCUGCCAAUGAUGCAGCAACUCGACUAAUGAAGGCUCAGAAGUCAUUUAUAGCCUCGUACGGGGAGGAUCACCAGAGACUGAUAGCACUUAAAGGAACAAAUGCUAACGAACGAGUGCUGUUCAUGCGACUGUACCUGCUGCAAGGUAUCGUUGCCUAUCAUCAGAAUAAGCGAGAGGAAGCGAAAGCGUUAUUGGCGAAAGCUGAGACUGAACUAAAUUAUUUGAAGGUGGACGAGGCGGCGGUGUGCGCGCUGAGGGAGCUCGGCUGGUCGGACGGGCAGGCGCGGCGCGGCCUGCGCGCGGCGGGCGGCGCCGAGCGCGCGCACGCGUGGCUCGCCGAGCGCGCGGCCGAGCGCCUGCAGCACAGAGAGACGCAGUCGGCGGGCACGUGCGCGGACGGGUCGGCGCUGCUGCGCGCGCUGCAGGCGAUGGGCUACCCGCGCGCGCUCGCCGCCCGCGCGCUGCGCCGCGCCGGCAACGACGCGGCCGGCGCCGUGCGCCUCAUACAGGACACGCCGCACCUGCUAGCGGACAGCGAUGUAUCGGAUUCAGAAGAGAUAGAUACAGCGAGCUCCGACGAUUCCCUCGUCGUCCCGGACAACGAGCUCGUUGCGGAGCUGGAAGCGAUGGGUUAUCCCGCUGAAGAAGCUCGUACUGCACUGCGUCUGUCCCACAACCACAUCAACAAAGCGGUGGACCUCCUGAUAGCUGGCUGCAGUAGUAUCUGCGACACUUCCAAUCCGUCCACGAGUGACGGCGCGGCAAAGAAGAAGUUAAAAAAAGAAGCUAAAGAAAAGAGGAAAAAGGAACGUGAAAUGGCGCUCCGUCGGCUGAAGAGCGCCAUCCGCGCCGACGAGGACGACUACCUGAGCGCCUCGCUGGUCGAGGAGGAGCAGUUCCUGACGCAAUACAAAUCUCUUAUUUAAAUAUAUUUUGUUUAAACAAUAAGUACAUCGCUCGUGUUAUGUUUAUAUAUAAUAAGGAUGAUAAACAAUACGAGUGCAGACCCAAAAUGGGUUUUAUAUAUCAACAUAAGUGACUUCUACCCCCAAGCAAUACCCCAGUAGUCAUACUUAAUGCUUAUUUAUGUAAUAAGAAAAGCAAUUUGUGCGUACGUAUAUACGCGUGUGUUACGCAAACCCUGACCUUGAGUAUGGGUAUCGAGUCUUACGUGAGUGAUUUCUGCUAUUCAUAUUAUUUAUUAUUCUUAUGGUAUAAAGUUGAAUUUGUCAAACGAAUAACGUUUUUAAUAUGGAAUAAAUAUAUAAAUAGUGUAUUGUGUAAAAUAUGUAUUUUUAAAUAUCAAAAAUGGCUUCCAUCGAUGUUUUAUUGAUAAAAUAUUUUGGGCACGACUUCAGACGACUGAAAUACAGUUUAAAAAUAUUUAAUAUUAUUUUUAAAUUUAUUCAUUUAUGUAUUAU